UAAUAAGCAUUAAGUAAAGUAGUGUAAGUGAAAACAUUUAUAGGCCACCCCUCCUCUUUUCUCUCUCACUCUUUGUGCAAGUUCUGCUCUUCAUUGAGUGUUAGCUCUCUUUCUCUUUCUCUCUUUUAACUCUGAAAUAGAGGAAAGCAGAGAAGUUAUAAUGUCUUCUACCCACCACCCCUGAAACACCUUCUCUUUUUUCUUUUCCUUCUUUCGUUUUGCCCAAGCCUAUUUUUGUUUUUCUCUUUACAUUUUGCUCUUUGUGUCUGUUUGGAAGAACCCCAUUUGAGGAAAGAAAGAAUGGAGAAAGAGGGUGUUUGAGUUCUAGUGUGUGUGUGUGUUAAUUCACCAUUUCUGUGUUGAUUUUUAGCUGUUUUUGCUUUUUUGCUAGAUCUAUUAGACAAGAAAAUACUCUUCUCCUCAUUUUCAAGAUUACCCCUUUUUAUUCCAUUAGCUUGGAGAUAUGAGUAAAGAAGAGUUCUUGAAGAUCCAGACUUGUGUCCUUAAAGUCAAUAUACACUGUGAUGGGUGUAAGCAGAAAGUCAAGAAAAUCUUGCAAAAGAUUGAAGGGGUUUAUAAGACAAGCAUAGAUUCAGAACAAGGAAAAGUGACCGUUUCUGGAAAUGUAGACCCUGCUACAUUGAUCAAGAAACUAGCCAAGAGUGGGAAACAUGCACAGGUUUGGGGUGCCCCCAAGGCGGCCUCUAACAACAACCAACAAAAUCAGCUUAAUAAUCAGUUCAAGAACAUGCAACUUGAUGGUGGCGGUAAAGGAGGUGGCAAUAACAAGGGACCAGGCCAAGGUCUAGUUCAGAAAGGUGGGAACAAUCAGUCAAAAGGUGGAGGUGGCGGUGGAGGAGGAGCUCAAAUGCCAAACCAGCAGCAAAUGCAGCAGUUUCAGGGGUUACAAGAUCUGAAGCUGCCCCCACAAUUCAAGGACCUGAAACUUCCCCCUAUGGGCAAAGAUCAGAACCAAAAGGCUGUCAAGUUUGCUGCUUUGCCUGCGGAUGACUAUGUGACCGACGAUGAGGAUGAUGAAGAUGAUUUUGAUGAGGAUGAUGAUGAUGAUGAAUUUGAUGAGGAUGAGUUUGACGAUGAAAUGGAUGAUAUCCCUAUGAAUAAGAUGAAGGCUAUGAUGGGCGCUAAUCCUGGCGGUGCUCAGAUGAAGCUGCCUAUGAUGGGUGGUAAUGGAGGAGGAGCUCAAAUGAAGCCGAUGAUGGGUUGUAAUCCUGGAGCUCAGAUGAAGCCAAUGAUGGGUGGUAAUGGAGGAGGAGGUCAGAUGCCUAAUAUGAUGAUGAAUGGUCUUAUGAAUGGGCAGCACCCUCAGCUUAUGAAGGGUGGAAACGGAGGUAACAAUGGUGGCAAUGCCGGUGGUAAUGGGAAAAAAGGUGGUGGUAAUGGUGGUGGAAACAUCCCUGUACAGAUUAACAUGGGUGGAAAUAAUGGUGGUAAGAAAGGUGGCGGUAAUGGAAAUGGGGGAAAUCAAAAUCAAGGCGGAGGAUCCGCUCAAAAGGGUGGCAAGAAUGGUGGAGGGCAGCCAAAUGCCGGUGGCGGUGGCCAGAACAAGAAUGGUGGUGGCCAUCCUAACAUGAAUGGUAAUGGGGCCAAGAAAGGAGGUGGAGGAAAUGAUGGGAUGCAAGGCAUGCCAAACAGGAUGAUGGCUAUGAGUGCAGGUGGAAACAUGGGCCAGUUGGGGAACAUGACUAAUCCAAUGGGCCAGAUGGGCCAAAUGGGUGGUCCUCCAGCAGGGCAAAUGGGUAAUCCGAUGGGCCAAAUGGGCAAUCCGAUGGGCAACCCUAUGGGCCAGAUGAGCAGUGUUCCGGCAGUCCAAGGCCUACCGGCAGGGGCGGCAAUGGGUGGUGGUGGUGGUAAUGGUGGUGGCUACCUCCAAGGAGCUGGUCCUGAGGUUAUGGCUGGCAAUCCUUACUACCACCAGCAGCAGCAACAAAUGGCAGCUAUGAUGAUGCAGCAGCAGCGUGCCAAUGGGAACGAAAGGUUUCAACCAAUGAUGUACGCUCGGCCACCACCAGCUGUGAAUUACAUGCCACCGCCUUACAACCCGUAUUACUACGGUCCUCCACCACCGCCAAGUGAUAACUACAGCACCUUCUUCAGUGAUGAAAACACCAACAGCUGCAGGGUCAUGUGAGAGGCUCUUGAGAUUUUGCUAAAACAAAGAGGAGAAUGGAUGGUGGCUGGCUGCAUUCAACAUAGUCUACUAAUGACUUUCUUAGUCUUUAAUGCCAUAGUAUACAAAGGAGAUGAAUUUUCCUUUUGAACCUUACCUUAGCUUUGCUUUACUUUUUAUUUUCCUAAGUUCCUUUGUUAAUCCUAAGAUUAGAUUAGGGGUUCCAUGAUAGGUUUUAAUGGUAUAUGAAGUCUUUAAUUAGGAAAGAGGGAGGAGGGACAUGAAUGUUGUAAGUUAAGGCUUAUCGUUAGUCUUGGUCUCUUAAGGAAGAUGAUGUUUGUAUAUGUUUUAUAUAUCUUUGAAGAGCAAAGGAAAUAAAAUUGGAAGAAAAUCUUAUCUUUUUUAA